AUCGCCCUCUUGAAGGUUUGAGGGCGAGAAUUAAGCAUUCCGGUGACUUCACACAUCACUGUCCAUAAUUCGUGAUCACAAAGCUGUCUUUUUCCCUCUGGUUCUCUUUCUGGACCUUAACCAUGGGCUUUUUCGCUCCUUUCGCCAGAGACUCGAGAAUCCCAGUCCUGUGAGAUGCUCCUGGGGCUUGAAAUUGCCAUCUGAUACGGGUUGACACUGUCCUUGCCUUAAUGUGGGCGGACGACUGGAGCUCACGAAGAACAUUCCGAGCUUUCAUGAAAUUCGUCCCCUUGUCAAAGUAAAGGAGAUCGGGUUUCCCUUGUAGAUUGAUGAAAUUUUGGAGCGUAUUCAGGAAGCUGUGGGUGCUCAGUGACUUUCCCUAAAUUUCAAUCACUUCCCAUGGCCAAUCCGAACGAUUCAAAAUGUAUAAGUAAGUAAUUUACUUAACAAACUACGUUCCUAAGUUGUAUUUAGAAACUAAUGGUGUUCAAAUGGAGGAGCGUAUAAUGCAAACAAACAUGAUAGUGACGUCAAUGAGCUUUUAAAAGGAUGAAAAUAAGCUAAGUCUGAAUUGAAUUAUCAAACUUGUCCCAAAUAAUCAUGCAUAUUUCGAUUUUAGCGAUUUUUUUUGUGCAACCAGGAGACUAUAAUUGCCGUAAAUUAAGACCAUAUUCACGAGACCUCUAAAAGCAACAGAAAAGAUAUGCGAAGCGAACAUAAGAAAGACUAUUCUCAAAUAUUCUCAACCAGUCCCUCGACUACCAUCUAAGAGACAUACGUUACGAUGCAAAAAAUAGCUCUUGCGAACGAUGCAUAAAUGCAAAACAUUACUGCACUAUGCCCUUUUGGCGAUCAAUCGCUCAGCUGUGUCGGCCAAUCCCUCUAGCCUUGGACCAUGAACACAUUGGAAGCCGGAAUUGUCAUGGUGAACUCAACUUUGUCAAUCCCUGGGCAAUUUGGUCACAGGGCUAUAGAAUGGUAUUCCCACAUCAUGUCAGUGGCAGAUUCACGAGUGGAAAAGUGGCCACUAAUGAGUUCCCCAUUUCCCGUUAUUUUGAUCACGAUUGGUUACAUUUCUCUUUGUUACAUGGUUCCAAAGAUGCCCAACAAAGAGUACAUUAUAGUUUCAAAGCUGUUAUUGCCCUACAACCUGUUCAACGUUUGCCUCAACUUAUACAUCUUCUACGAGCUUUUUAAUGUUGUUCAACAUUACAAUUGGAUAUGUGAACCAGUGGACUAUUCUGAAAAUGAAAUUGCUCUUCGCGCUGCCUCCGCCUUGUGGUGGUAUUUCAUCUCAAAGUUAAUCGACUUCUUGGACACUGUGUUCAUUAUUCUCAGAGGAAAAACUCGCCAGUUAACAUUUCUUCACGUUUAUCACCAUUCUACGAUGUUUGUAUUGUGGUGGAUUGGCGUCAAAUAUGUCGCAGGGGGAUCGAGUGCAUUUGGAGCAUGCAUAAAUAGUGGAGUGCAUGUACUGAUGUACACAUAUUACGCAAUAUGUUCAAAAAAAACAAACAGUGUGGUUUUGGGAAUUUGCAAACGCUUCAAGAAGUAUUUGACAAUUCUUCAAAUGCUUCAAUUUGUUGCUGCCAUGAUCAUGGGAUUGAAUGCGUUACGUGUCGGGUGUCCCUUUCCUCUUUGGAUGCAAUAUGCCAUGAUCUUUUAUAUGGUCACUUUCUUAGCACUAUUUGGAAACUUUUAUAUUUCACGGUACACGCUUCAAAGAUAUGACAAGAAUAACUGAUUCCGUGUUUCUGUUUCGAUCUUUUCUAUUGUACAAGUUCUUCUAAUACAAUUUGAGUUGAUCCUGAUCGUUUUGAGACAAAAAAACGAAUAUUGCAAGUCUCUUGCUUUGACAUAUGAGUUCGAGGAUUGAAAUCAAGAUCAGUAGUAUCGUAAUUUUUUGUGUAUGAUAGACCAAGCUCUACAAUAUGUUGACAAAUCUGAUUCAUCUUUGCAUUUGGUUUACCAUAUUCAAAUUCCAGAAGGAAUGUUUCAAUAACAAAUGCAAUAAAGAUAUUUGACAA